AUGUCGUCAGGAAAAUCAAGGUCUAAAGGAGUCAACUCACCAACAUCGAGUCCUCCUCUGCCACCAGCACCCACGCAGGCCAAGAACAGAGGAUCGGCAGCUCCCCACCACUACCAAACCGAGUUGGCCUCCCCAGAGGCAGCAGCAACAAAGUUAGGCAGCGGCGUAUUGACACCCACCAGGACUCGCUCCAACAAUGACAUCAAGAACUCGGCGGCGGUCGCAUCCACUAAACGAGGAGAGCAACAGCCGAUUUUGGCCCCACCAGCGCUCGCCAACGGCACCGAUGUCAUCCACUCUACAACCCUGCAGAAAAAGUUGUCGUUGAGACGAUUGGCCAGGCUAGGACUUUUGCUCUACCUGGGCUACACCCUCUUCUUUGUCUGCCCCUCCAUCCCCGACAGCAAGACCAACCUCGUCUGCAAAAGUGCUGCGUCUGUUAAGGACCGGCUCCGGCCCUAUACCGAACCUGUUGUUGGGAAGGUCGGCGAGACGUACAAGACCUAUGGAGUGCCCUAUGUUGACCAGUUUGGUCGCCCCCUCUAUGCUCAGGGACAAAAGUACUAUGUUAACGUUGCCCAACCCGCCAUCAAGACCGCCAAGGAUGCCUAUCACCAGUAUGCUCACCCUCAUGUCAACAAGGCAUAUCAGACCGUCUACACCCCUCAGGUCAAGUAUCAUGUGAACCGUGCCCAGACCGCCCUCAAUGGAUACCAGAAACAGGCCCAGGACCAGCUCGUCUAUGCCCGCAAGUUGUCCAAGGAUGCCAACGACAAUGUCUGGCGUCUCCAUGCGACCCAUGUCCAGCCUGUGGUCGACAAGGUGACCCCUCAUGCCAAGGUCGCUUGGAACCAUGCCUCUGUCGGUGCCAACCGUGCUUACAACACUGCCAGUGACCUGUACCUCAAGCACGUCAAUCCUUACGCCCUGCAGACCUACGCCGUCAUUCUUGAUGCCGCCGACAACGCCAGGGAGAGCUUUGCUUUUCACACUGACGAGAUCUGGGGCACAAAGCUGAGCAAGAGGCACAAAAAGUCCAAGGCUGCGCGUGCUGCUGAUGCUGCUGCCGAUAAGGCUCGUCAGGCCAAGCUCGCUGUUGACAACGCUGCCCAGAAGGCCGCCAAGAACUUCAAGCGUGAACCCGAGCCCGAGACCCUCAAGGACACCCUGUUGAAGAAGGUUGCGGAAGCGCAAAAGCUCGCCGAAGAGUACGCCGAUGGCGCCAGGGAGGCAUUCCACGACUCUGUUAUUGGCGCUCAGAAGGUCGCCGGUGACUACUCCGAUACCAUCAAGGCCGCUGUCUAUGGAAGUGCGGGCGAGGCCAAGGAGGCUACGGACCAGGCGGCCAAGGAUGCCAAGGCGAAUGCUCACGAAAAGGCAUAUGGCGCUCAGAAGGUUGCCGAGGAGUUUAUCGAGAACGUCCGCGAUGCCGCUGCCAAGAAGGCAUACGAUGCCAAGGAGGCCGCUAGUGAUAAUGCCCAGUACUUGAAGAACACGGCGGACGACAAGGUUCACGAAGCUGGUAAGCUGUCGGAGCGAGUCAAGAAGGCUGUCAUUGAUAAGGCCCACGAGGCGCAGGAGGCUGCUGCUCGUCAGGCCGAGCAAAUCCGCCAUGCUGCUCAGGAGCAGGUCGAUCAUGUCCAGGAAGCCGGUGCCCAUCUCCGAGACAAUGUUGUGGGAGUAGCCUAUGAUUCCAAGGAGGCCGUUGACAAGGAAGCCGAGUACGUUGCCGAUGUUGCCCAGAAGAAAAAGCAGCAGGCGGAGAAUGAGGCGAGAAAGUGGGCGGACCAAGCUGCCCGCGUGGCCCAGGAGACCUACGAUACUGCUACCGAUGGGGUGAACGAGAUCAAGGCCAAGGUUGUCAAGACCGCCGACGACCAAGCUAUCCAUCACCAGGCCGAUGAGGCUUCCCAGCAAGCCCAGGACGCGUUUGUAUAUGUCGACGAGGAGACCGAGGAAGCCAGGGCCAAGGCCAAAAAGGCUGCGCGCAAGCAGGCCAAGGAGCUCAAGAAGGCUGCUGAGAAGGCUGCCCAUGAUGGACAGGAGUACCAGGAUGUCCCCGUCGAGGCUGCCGAGAACGCUAAGGACUUUGUAGUCCAGCACGUUAAGGAUGCCACUAGCCAGGCUAGCCAAGCUACAGAGACUGCCAAGCAGAAGGUCUUUGACGCCGGCACUGCCUCCAAGGCGUCUCUGGCUGCGAUGCUUGCCGGUAUCGAGACAUCGUUUGGCCGCUUCUACGACUACGAGGAUACCGAGACCAAGAACCUGUGGUCCAAGCUACAGUCUGCGAUUGAUGAGCACGUCGAGAGCGCCAAAAAGUUCGCCUACGAUCUGGAAAAGGCCAACCGCGAGGCUUACGAGUCAUUCGAAUCCUAUGUCCGUGACUGGCGCAACCAGGAUGGCGGCAAUCUCGAUGACCGUCUCGCUAAGUUGAAGCAACAGUCAAUCGAGUCUGUCAAGAACAUGGGUCAGCGCGCCGAGUCGGACCAGACGGCAGCAAAGUCCAAGGUCAAGGUGCUCGCCAACAAUGUCGAUGUCUACCUGAACGGGCUGAAAGACUUUUUGGCAGACCGGCUGCAGGCCUCGACGGAAACGAUUGCAUCUGAGCUGAACGUGUUCAAGGACACCAGCAGCAAGGACGAUGAAGAGACUGUCCGUGGCAAGUUGGCUCAACUCGAAGCAGCCGCCAGGACUCGAAUGGACGAUGCCGGCAAGGACGCACACACCAAGGCCCAACAGCUGCUGAAGCAGGUUGAUGAAAUCUGGUCAAAGUCCGAGGCUCAGUCCCGAGAGCUCGCAGCCAAGGCGCAGGAGUUGGCCAGGAAGGCUAGCGAGGAUGCCCAGUUGGCGAUCCAGCAUGCUACUGGAGGUGACACGGUCGAUGACAAGGAGAGGAAGCAGAAGAAGUUCACAGUUGAGGAGGCACCCGGAUCACUCAGGAGCAAGAUCCAUUCUCUCAAGGAUGCCGCUGUCAACCACGCUAACGAGGCCACGCACAAGGUGGAGGAGAUGCUGCACGAGAGGAGAGAUUCUGGGUUCUCUGGCGGUGCUGUCCCUGCUGAUUCUGAAAACUCCGACAAUGUCCGAGUUGUCGUCGAGGAGCCUGGCUCUGGCCACCGCCACCAUCGCCACUAG